AUGAAACGAUUUAUUGAACAAGAUGUUCAUGAACAAGAAAUUAAAAAACUCAAACUCGAAUUUGAAAAUACUUAUCAACAAAUCAAGAAAGAAGCUAUCAAAGUUAUUAAUAAAAUGAAAAAAGAAAUUAAGGAGAAAGAUAAGAUUAUUGAUGAAUUGGUUGAACUUUAUAUGGCCAUAAAUGAUUUUACUAGUGAAACUUAUAAUUUUGUUGAAUCAAAAGAAGAAUUGGUAGAGAAUACUAUACAAGAAGAGAAAGAAAUUAAUGUAGAGAAAUUAGAUGAAAAUAAUAAUAAAGAAACAAUUGAAAAUGAAGAACCAAAAGAUCUUUCAAAAUAUAAUUAUGUUUAUCAUGAAACAUUUGGUGAAAAAUCUGAAAAUGAAUUAUAUUAUUAA